AUGGCAUGCAUAUCAAACGCUUCUCCUGAGGUGCUUAAACUUCUACUGAAGUCUGGAGCGCUGGUAAAUGCUCAAGACAGGUUUGGUGACACCCCCUUUUUGAAUGCUUGUGGCAUGGCUUAUGGAUGUAUCGACGAAGAAGAGUUUGCAGAGAACCUGCCAAAGAUAAACAUUCUGAUUGAUCACGGAGUUGAUGUCAACCACACGAAUGCAAAAGGGGAAAACGGAUUGCAUAUUUGCUGCCAAUAUCGCAGUCAAGAAAUAGUGGAAAUACUGCUGAAAUGUGGUGUAGCGGUCAACGCCCUGAACAAAAAGCACCAGACACCCUUGUUCAUGGCUUGUUGCGGCGCUGUUUCUGCGCGUGAAGGAAAGGAAGGUAUCUUGACUACCCUGACAGUAUUGCUGGAGCAUGGGGCAGAUCCCAUGAUACCAGAUGAACAAGGACUGACACCACUUCACGUGUUGAUGCUAAAAAAAGCAUCAGAAUCUGAUAUUGCAUCAUUCGCUGAUGUCUUAGUUAAACAUGGAGCUAGCCUGAAUGUCAGAGAUAACAUGCUACGCUCUCCUGUACAUUAUGCAAGUUACGCAGCUGCCCAUCAGAAAUGGCUAACAGUAUUACAGGAGUUGAUGCCACUUGGGGCAGACAUCAAUUUGCAGGAUGCGGAAGGCUUUACCCCUGUUCAUGUCACUGCAACACGCGAUCGCAAUUGCCUGACGACAUUUCAGUGGCCUUGGGACUGCAUAGAAGGUAACGACACCGUCAAACAAGCGAUCAACUGGAAUUGUGCUCGAAAAAAUGGAGUGACGUUGGCUCACAUUGUUUUAGCUCACAAAGGGCUUAAGCUUGGAGGGUGUGAAGUUCCAUGGGACAUAAAUGCACAAGACGAGUUUAUGUCAACACCAAUGCACUAUGCGGAAUUUACAAAUAACACCAGUGCGCCCUGUUAUGUGUGGGUGUCAGGCACUGUAACUGACGUCACGUUAGCAAACUGUUUGGGGGAAAGUGUCAUUGAUUGUGCAGUGACAACGCUUAACCAAGAAAUGAUCGAUCAACUUAAAAAGUACGGAGGGAGCCAUCCAACAUUGAAAAAAGAGAGAAGGGUGCCAAGCAGUUCCUGCGAACUUUGCGCUCAGUUUUCACGCCAAGGUGAGGGCCCUUUUUAUAAGUCAUUUGAAAAGAAGGAAGAGCCAGUUUCAGUGGAUGUGAAGGAGGUUCAAAUAAACCCACCAAUAAACGUGGAGGAAUACGUGGAACAUGUUUUGCACACACCGAGGAGAGGAAAAGUAUCACUCCAAAGUGACGAAGUGGCCCAAAUUUGCCAGGAAACGGAAAACCUUAUAGGGAAGAUUCUUGAUAAAGUAGCCCACUAUGAUCCUCGUUUCCGGUCGAUAAUGAUCGUAUCAGGGAGUGUUCGUGAAAGAACCAAGGCUGGACUGCCUGAUGAGUUUGAUUUCAUGUGCAAGCUUGAAACGUUCGGCUCUAGUUGCAGAGUAAUCGAAGACGAUACAUGUUCACCCGGUUUUGUACGUUUGGCGAAGAGUGCUGAUGCCUGUGAGAGCGUGAAUGAAUUCUUUGAUAAUGAUGGAUAUCUGGUGCCAUAUUUGGUCAGGUCCAAGUUCCAGCAAAUCGUGAGGCAGGUCAUGUUUGAUUCCAAGUUGUGGCAAAAUUGCCGAAUCUGCUCCAAUUUCGUCCUUCCCAGCUCAGACACGAGUAUUGCCACUCCUAAGCCGUCAAUCAUCAUCGAGCUCUGUUGGAAUGGCCCAGUCUACAAGAACAUGAUAUACUCAGUCGAUGUGGUGCCAGUCAUAGAUGUCGGGGCUGCGUUUUGGCCAAAGGAUGCAAUCUCGUAUAGCCCUCUUCUCGAAAACGUUGAAAAACAGUGCCUUUUCACCAUGGCCAUUCCAAGGUUUGAACGUGGUAUUUUUGGGAAUGAAGUGAGAAUAUCCUACUCUCUUGUCGAGAGUCAAAUCUUUGACAACAUUCCUGAAAACCUCAAGGAUGCCUAUAUUGUUGCUAAAGCCAUUCGCGAAGUAUGCCCAGCAUUGGUGGAUGAAGAGCAAAUUUUCCACGAUGAGAAAUAUCAUUAUGCCUCCUCUUUAUUUCCCUCUUAUUGGCUAAAAACGGCUUUGUUUCACGAACUAGACAAGCACGGUCUGGACGAGAGGCACAACUUAAAAGUAUGGGUGCAACGAAUCUACGAGAGAAUUCGUCAAUAUGUAUGCCAGGAUGAAGAAUUCCCAUCGUUUUUCAUGCCUCGGCAAGACUUCGUUGCCUCCAGAUUGAAAGGAAGAGAUCAGAGCCGGACGGAUGCUGCAAAGCUGGAAAGAGAGUUAACGGCUUGUAAGAAAAUAUGUGAAAUCAUUCAUCGGUUAUUAUCAAGUGGCGAUCGGGCGAACGUGUGCGUCUCUUAGUAUAUAGUCACAAGCGCGUUGUACUCAGUACUUCACAGUACUUGGAUUACGUUUGUUUACUUUUUCAAUAUAGAUUUACUAUUACAUUUGGUAACCAAGCCAUAGAUCUUGGACUUGCCUGGUGCCUCAUGAAAGGGACUUGGUUGCUAAUUUCGAUUACGUUUAUUUAACCUAUUUGAUCCCUUCGAUUGUAGAAAGGUUGCCUUUGCCUUCUACCCAAACGUCGUUUGAGUUUCAAGUUUCAUCAGACGUAUGUUUCCAAGCAGUAAUUUGUUAUUGUGACUAUAGUUUCAUAACAGAUGUUGACGACAAAGACCAUGAAACUAUUUGAAGUCAAAGUAAUUGACAUGUAUAUACUAGUUUCCCAUUAUAAUUCCUUGCUACUUGAUCUCCGUUGAUAAAUAAUGAUAAUAAUUACAAUAAUGAUAAUUUUUUAUUUUAUAUAGCAAAUUGUACUAAAAGCUCUAUACCGCUUUACACAACCUCGUUCCCAGGGCGCUUUUCCCAGGCUUUAAAGCCAUGGAAAAGAGCCCUGAGGACGAGGUUGCGCUUUACAGUUAUGGUAGCAAAUUCCGACAAAUACCUGUGCUUUAAAAAACAAAGAAAUUAUAUGCAAUUCGAAAGAAAGAUAGGUCUUCAAAGUCUUUCAACAUAGCGCCAGAUGGACUACUUUUCUCCAUUGGCAGGUCAUUCCAAAAGAUAGGCGCAGCAACCGGAAAAAACUAUGUCGCCAUAACUUUUCAGGUUUGUUCUCGGAACCUGUAAAAGGUACUUGUUUGCAGACUUAGUUAAGACGUAGUGAAGCAAUACAGAGAUGGUAUCAGAGAUGCCCCUUAUAAUCUCUUGAUAAUAUAAUAAAUAGCGGGAAGAUUAUUUGAGGCCUCCGGCCCCUGGCCUCCUUUGAUUCUCUUCCAAUCAGCGGCUAUACCAUUAAGACAGCGUCUUUCACCCAUCUCAGAGGCGGAAAAAAACGCAACAAAAUUUUCCAAUGACAUUUAGUAAAAUGCUGAAAAACAAAUAGUACCAUGUGAACACCGUAGGUUUUCAGCCACAGACUGAGUCCCUAGGCCUCAUUAUCCCGCGCGGCCAAAGCGUUUCGGGUCACGUGAUCCAAGCGAAGCUGUGACCAAAGUGAAUUGACCGAGAGGAACUGGGAUUAGGGACUAGGCAAUGUAAACGAUGUAUUCACUCUUGAAACUCUCUUGAAGCAGAAUAUAGUUUGCAAAGAAUUAUUACUUUGCAUUUAUGACCCUUAAAUAAACCACGUACUAUCAAACUCGAUUAUUUUUGCGUACUAAGCAUGCAAUACAAAUCGUCGUUGAGGGCACUUCACACUUUUCUAGAUUUUUUUCGAAAUCUAUAUAUUUACCACCUACUUCUUGACAGUUUCACUUCCAGCCAGCGUCAAAGUCUCCGUUCGAAAGGGAAAAAAUAUGAUACAUACAUAACAUAAUUUAUAUAGCGCUAACUCCACUAAUUGACCAAAGCGCUUUACAAUUCAUAAUAUUAAAAUAAUUAAAAAGAUACCACUGGUAAUAACAGAUGAAUAAAUUAAAAACCUAUUAGCAGUCUUAUUUAUAAAAAUAUCACAAUAAAUCCAAUUCUAAAUUAUCAAAAAGUCAAACAUUAUAUGCUUUUUUAAAUUAAUUGUAACUAAACUUCUAAGAUCUAAUGGCAGCUCAUUCCAGAGUUUAGGUACAGCAACGGAAAAGGCCCUGUCUUCGUAUGUUUUAAGUCUUGACUUCGGAACUGCUAGAAGUUUUUGAUCAGUAGACCGUAGCGUACGUGAACAUGUACGAUAACUAAGUAAUUCCGUGAUAACACAUGAUUUACUAAACCACAACAUGGUUAGCUCAUUUGGGAGAGCGUCGGUCUUUUGGGCGGGAGGUCGCGGGUUCAAAUCCCAGCGUGGCCCAACCUCGUCCCGAGGACCCUUUUCCCUGGCUUUGAAGGCGCCCCACCUCCAAAGCCAGGGAAAAGCGCCCUGUGGACGAGGUUGAGCCGGGCCAACACUGAGAGUCUUUAAAUUACUGAGGAGAAAGUGCUGCCUUUUCACUUGUUACAUCUACAAACGAUUAGACUUUCUAAUCUGCUCGGAUAAGGACGAAACACCGUAGGUCCUGUCUCACAGCACUUUCACUUAUCUGGUUCUUGAGGAACGUAAAAGAACCCACUCCACUGUUCGAAAAGAGUCGGGGACGUAGAUCCCCGUGGUGUGGCCAACCUUUCUUGGGCUGGGUGGGAUAUCUGUAAGGACACACUUAAAUUGGAACCCCGCUCUGUUUUGUGUUCCGCUCCAUACGAUGAAAGUUAUUAAAUAAAUAUAUAUAUAAAUAAGCAGCUUCUAGUUUGUCUCUUUUUCGUUGCUAUCGCCACCUUUUGCUUUCGGCCCUUGAUCUUCAAACGCUCAGUAUCACAAAAAAUUCAGAGGCAGCGGAGCGUUUUGGGAGGUGGGAAACUCAUCGUACACCAAGCCAAGCGCACUGAUCCUUUGCCAUCUUAUAGGUGUGUCCGUAAUCGACUGUGACAAUGCAUAAUUAGGCACGGUUGUUCAGACGAUCGUGCUACAUGGUGCUUCUUACAUUUAGAAAACUCCCAUACGAAAGAGACGGGGAAGCUUCUCGGCAAUCUAGAAUCAGUAAACCCCUUAAGGAGACUAAUCAGUGUCCGUGACUCAGGCUUUAUUUGACCCCUAAAAGGAGAGCCGUACUAGAUACAGAUACUUCUCUCCGCACAACCCUAAGCGUAUGGGUACUAGGCUUUCCGUUCUGCUUACCCUACUGUGAGACCAUUUCUUCAGCGAGAUCAGACGACAAGCCCACAGGGUGGAGGGGGAGGGAGUGAUACUCAAUAAAGUUUUAUAUGGGGAGGCUCCGUCCCAAGGUUCAGCCAACACCGCGGCAAAACGCAAUGCGCAUGAGCACAAAAUUUAAUAUCCGGUCAGCUUUUUAUUUCCGGUCUAGUAUAUAAACCAAUAGCGUAAGCAUAACUUUGCCGUCGCGCCAAGUCUAAAAGCAAAAUGGGCGAAACAGACAAAAAAGGGGGCCAAAAAUAUCACUUCAUUCGAAAGCUUAUAUAUUUUUCUAUUCUCAAACGUUUGCACCACAUGGUUAUCUGUUUGCACCAACGGUGAAAAUGAUGUUUGAAGUUUGCAGGUCGCGAGCGCUCGACAAGACGAAUUUGUUUUUACUGGCUUUCGUGCAUGCUACUGGUUUGGCAUAAGUUAAUUUGGGAGAAGGCGACAACUAAGAAAAGAAUAACAAUACUUAUGAAAGAAACCCGGCAAAAUAAAGAUGUCAUCUAACACUAAAACCAGGAAAUAAAAUUUUAGUCCGUUCAAUAAUUUGUUUUGUUAUCAGAGAAAACAAGAACUCAAAACAAAAGAUUAAUAACAACUUUGACUUUGAUGACUGCAGUCACCGGGAAACUAAACAUGCCUAUAAAUGACUUUCAUUCAAGAAAAUACCUAUUUAAUUCUUUUACAUGGUUGUUCUUUUGUUGAAGACUUCAAUAAUUUCAGACUGUGCGGCUCGGCUGCAUCUCAUGCAAACACGAAACUUCUAGCUGCUAAAUACAUGUAAUGAAAAGUUCGACUUCUAAAUCCACUGAACCAGUUUUCGCUCUCUGAUUCUGAGAAUGGGAAAAUAAAUAAAUAGCUUUGUCAACUUGCUGUCAACCGGCUCAACAGUAUAAUUAAGCUUAUGUUUCAUGGCAAUCAACCCAGAAGAGUUUCGUUUUAAAACACGGUAAAACCCACUGAUAAACAAAACUACAAAGCGAUUGUGUGUUGUCGUUUUCCAAAUAAAGUUUGAAUCGGCUUUAACACAUGUAGACUGAGAAACUGAAGAACUGAAAAUUAGAACUACAAUACACAAGCUUGCAAUGAUAACGUUUUAAUUUUAUGUCUUAGUUUCAGCCAGGUUAAGUGAAAAAUAAAGAGUCAAAAACUUUAUUUUCGUGAAUGAAAAUCAGUUUACCUGACGCUCUAGCCAAAAUUACACACUGAGUUAUUAUCAUCUUACUUUUUCUGAAUCUAAUCGACUAAUUGUUUCAGUGAUCUGUGCCUGGUUAUCCAUAAAAGCAAUUUCAAUAACUACAAAAUAGUCAAAAACACGAGCAGCAUAAAGCAGAACAACUGAACCACAAGCUGCACACAGAAUGAAGCGCGCGGGAGACUUUGACUGGAAAGUGUGACUGAAAAAGAGACUGGAAAUGCUCAACCUAACGCAUGCGUAGACGUUUUGCCGCGGUGUUGGUUCAGCCUAGCCCCUUACCCUUUUAAAACGGAAGUUGCAUGGAAGUGAGGCUUAUAGCCCUCGCGGAUAGAAUCAUAUAAAGAGGGACUGUUCGGUGCUGCGCAACGGCAAUCAAGCUUUCUUUUUUCUUGUUUAACAAUGCGAGCUAGGGACACGGAGAGAGAUUGUAGGCUGUAGUAAAUUUUUAAGCACGAAAUUUGGGAAGGAAUAUUUUUCCGCGCGAAAGCCACUCUUCAGUUGGUUCAUCGUUCUUUCAUAUUUACCAUAGUUUAGACUGCAAAACAGUCGGUUUUUUUCUCAAAAUCAGUAAAGAAAUCGGUAAAGCGUGGGGUAAGACUCUUACGCGCGCGAAGCGCGCGAGCCUCACACGCCCGUAGGGCGUGUGAGGCGAGAGAAAAAAAACCGACUGUCCGUUUUCCAUACAAUGAGUUCGUUCCGACCAGGGGGUUCAAAAAUGUCGUCGAGCUGUCAAAAAUCUGUUCGCAACUCCACCCUCUUUGUGAAUUUGAUAGACUCGCGUGUUAUUAUUGACGCUGUAAUCCAGUAAUCAUAGUAAAGCAGUUUUUAGCGUUGCUUCCCUGUGAAAUGUAGUGUAUAUAGCGAAAUGUAGUAUAUAUAGUGGAGGAUCAAAAAUGAGUGAAAGUGGCAGUACGACAACAAAGCCUGUGCCUGCUCCUCGAAGAGGGAGAAAGCCGAAAGAGCCGAGGGCUUUGGACAAAUCGUAGAAUGUGCGGCUGUUGUUUCAAAACACAGUUCGGCAAUUUUACGAAUGGAUGGAUAAGCUCGGAAAAUGCGUUUGUUGCGCCUACCAGAAAAAGGGAAACGUUACCAAAGUGGGCCGACCUACUGAAAAACGAACUUUUCGUUGUCCUCGUUGUCUCGCUCUCUGUUUUCAGCCUCAUUCCAGACCUUUUAUUUGACUGCUCGCGCGUACUUGAAUACGCAAAAAUACGGACUGUUUUGCAGUCUACCAUAGUUAGUCCCCUCUACUAACCAUGAUAUUUACAUCAUCCCUUCCGGUUCCCGUUACUAUCCCUUAAUCACAUGAUUGACAACAUGUUUCCUGCUAAAAAAAUUCCAGUCACGCCACGUUCACGGCACGAAUAAUUUAAUUUGAACAAAUCUCCUUUUGAGUUUCUGGUUCCAGAAGCUUUUUACUUCAUACUCUUUUUGUGCUUUAGAUUCGUGGGAACUGGAUUGCAUUGGGACCACUCAGAAUGCUUAUGAGGAGACGGCCGUCGUUCCCUGGGCCCUUGUGCCGACAGCCCCUCCCCCUACAUACCCACCCGGAUUACCCCGCAUGCGUGUGCGUUGGCAGUGGUCUGUUCUGGUUGUGUUUUGGGACAUUAUAGAGAAGGUUUCUGUUCUAUAUUCCUUCCCGACAGAGUUUUAGCCAUGGCGUUUCGUUAUAGAGCUGCAAGGUCUUUGUCUUAUGUCGCCAGGAUUUGUAAUAGAUCUCCUCAAGCAAUCUACACUAGCCAAAAGUGGCUUUGUUCAGCGCCCGCAGGCUCGAGUCUCGACGAACCAGGUAUGAAAGAUUGUUCUUUUCAAGUGUAAGUUUAUCUUAAAACCGUAAAAUACAAAGCUGUGUAUUUCAUAGUAAUGGAAACAUUCGGUGGAAUAUAAAAUAUUUCUGACUUAUUGGUAUGUUAUUCGUUCGUGCGUUGCCACAUUAUCGUGUUUGUUGGCAGCUCAAUGAUGUGCAAUGAAAUCUAUAUGUCACGCAAUGAAGAAAAAAAUACUCAACAACCAUAACGUUUACGUUUAUUCAAAUAAUCCACAAAAGCAUAGCCAUCACGUGGAUGGAAAUUAAACUAAACUCUAAACUCCAGUUUCUCGUUUAUGAGGGUAAAGGUGAUUGUUGGUAAGAUUAUUAGACGUAUAACCUGUACGUACAUUGCAGAUGCCAUCUUGCUUUGUAAAUUCUGAUGGUGAUUGUGGAUUACCUUUGAAUUAAACCAUGAUCAUAGCGUAAACAAGUGUACGUAAAGGCUGGUUUUCACCAACGACAGAAUCGGAGUCAGAAUCAAAUCUGACCUUGCUUAUAUGUUCUAUCACUGAUAUUAUCUGAGAUUUUAUUCCUCUCUUUACUGCUGCCAAUUAUUUCAACAUGACGGUGUCCAACAUGAAAGCUCUUGCCACUUUGGACACUGUACACAAAUGAACUUAAUGUCUUUUAGUUGAUUAUUAUUUGUCAGCUACUUUAUUUUCCUUCCUACGUACACUUAUGUAAAUAUCUUAUAUAGUGUGACAUAAAGAAUUGAAUUGAAUUGAAUCAUAAGCAAAGGCAUAAAGAGUGCUUAUGACGUAGUGAAAAUCAAAAAUCAGAGUUGUAAGUGGAGUCAUAAGUGUGAUGGAAUUAGAGUCGGAAAAAUCAGAACGUUUCCAUUUUCUAAUGACUCUGCUUAUAACUCCAUUGUUUACGAUCUCGUGAAAACCAGAUUGUUGGAGUCGGAAGCAGAAGUGGAAGAACAAACAAAUCACAAUGCUCAUUCGCUGCUUCUGCUUGUGACUUUGACAAAACUAGUUUUCACUUAAUUGUAAUCGACAGAGUCGUAAGUGGAAUCAGAAUGCUUUUUUCACUGAAUGGCGAAGCUCUGUGCUUCUGACUACAACUCCAACUGACUCCAUCAGUGGUGAAAACCAGCCUCAAAGAUUUUAAUUAAAAAUUGGAUUAUGCGGUCUACUAUGGCUUUUUUACUUGCCUUUCACUAAGCCAAGACUCUGGUUAAAAUGAUACCUUCAUCAAUUUUACCUCUGCUAGUAGUGAGGGAGGGCAGGCAAGGGGGGGUUUUAUCUUGAGUUCACAACAACAAUUAUUAUUGUGCGUUUCACGAGUCACAAAAGAAAAUUAAUGUUUUUACACUUCUCAAAAAUAGAGGUUGUACAAAAUGUUUAAAAUGUUACAUUAGUCCCAUUUUGUAAAACAGAGUGCUUGGAUUAUAUUUUACCAAGUUAAUUUAAGUUUUAUGAACCUUAUGAAAAACACUGCGCAGCUAUAAAUUCCCUAGGGAAGCCAGCUGUAGUUGGGUCUGAGCAUGCUAGUUAACUCGUUUGGCCGAAUUAACGAUUUAUUUAAUUCUUUGAUUGAUGUUCAAUAGACCUAUUUGGCUAACUCAAUGUUGUACCCAAUUCAAAUCUCCUGGGGUUAAGAUUCUUUGUAAAAUUGUAUUUGCAUUAUAAUGUGGCAUUCUAUUUAAAUGUAUGGAAAUUCUUGAAACAAAAAGUUUUAUUCCCAAAGGGCCUGAAUUGGGUACAACAUUGAGUUAGCCGAAUAGGUCUAUGUAUGUGUAAACAAAAAUUAUUGAGAAUUUUGGUAGUUCAGCUUUCACGGACUGCACUUCAAUCACAAUUCACAGAUUUUCAGUACACGAUUCACGGUCACCAAAAAUUGUUGUUCAUGACAUCAAAAAAAUAAGCUUGCUCCCUCUCAGUAGUCCUCCUUACACCAACCCAUCACAUCAACUCAUCUCUGACUGAAAUGCUGCUGAGACUACAAUAUGAUUCAUUUCCAGUUCUCUGUAUUUUCAGUCAUAGCUGCAGAGACCUUGGCUAUUCAUUUACACCUGCAAUGUAUAAUGUGACAGUGCUACAUCAACUGACAAAAAAUUGAUUGAAAGCAGAUCAUCUAAAGACAUGAAACCAAUAAUAGACCCAAACGGAAAAAUAACCUUGUGUAUUUUGGUCAUAUUAGCCUGCGCCACAGACGAAGCUAAACUCUGGUAAAGUCUGAGGUUAGAUUAAUACGUCUGCAACCAGGCUGGGUUAUAUCUGCAUAAAGCAAACGAUUCCAUUUUAAAUUCGGGGCAAACGUGAUGAGCAGGCUUACCUAAGUCGUCCCAGCAUGCAGGCUUUUGUCAACAACAGACACGGUUGUGUUGAAAAGUGAUGAUGAUUUUAAUGCAAUACAUCAAUCUUUUGACCAUCCCCGCUAAUGACCAUCACCUGCUAAUGAUGAUGAUGAUGAUGAUAGUAAAAGUGCAUUGUUACUAUUUAUUGAUAACUGCUACAUGUACUUUGUCUGAUUUGUCUAUUUUACUCUAGAUUUGGAAUCAGGAGCCCACACGGACAAAAAGCUUUUCACUCCUGGACCACUUGGUGUAAGCUUUGAUACAAAACGAUCCAUGCUACGAGACCUUGGUUCACGUGACAUUGAGUUCAUAGGUGUUGUAAAAUCCAUUCGUUCAAGGCUUUUAGAAAUUGCUGGUGUUUCUCCCAAAGAAUACACAACAGUUUUACUUCAAGGGAGUGGAACUUAUGCAGUGGAGGCUGUUCUUACAACAACAACACCACGAGAUGGAGGGAAGGUCUUCAUUAUUGAAAAUGGUUCCUAUGGAAAGAGAAUGGCAAAGAUCUGUGAAGUUGCCGGAAUUGAAACGGUAUGAAUACAACAGUACCUGUAGUUUGCACUAACUUAAAGUUUUUUCAGUGUAUAGUUUCUGGAAUCAAGAAGAAGUCUUGUGACAAUCUUCUAUACUGUCCUUCCACUCUGUGCUUAUUAAACAAGUUUUUUUGUUGGGUGCACACUGUAAACACAUAAAAGUGCGUCUAUAUUUUUAUCCAUUAAACCAGGCAAUUGUCAAGAGUUAUACAUACAUACGGGGUGAAUUUUGGGGUUUCAAAAUAGUAAUAUUUCUUUACACUGAUGCUUCCAUUUUAACAUUUUGGUCAAUAUUUUGAAAACUAGAUUUGUGCUUGGUUAGCUUUCUGUGAUAAGUACAGUGUAAUUAUUUUAAAUGAUCACAAAAUUAUAACUUUCUUUAGUUGUGCUGAUUUUUAUUUCUAUUAGAGCAGUCAGAAAAAUCUGUUGAAGUUUUUGGCUGUUACAAUAUUUUAUCAUGAAAAUGAACAAAUAUUGUUUAUUCCAGUUUCUUAAUUUACACUUACUGGCUAAUUGAAUGAAAAUUACCUCAUUGGAAAUAUGGCUGUAGAGAAGGUGUCUUUAAUGUUCAGCUAUCUUGCAUCAAUUGCUGAAGGCAACAUGGCUGUAUCCUGUUUAGAAUAGAAGACAGGAAGCAAAUCACAGUGAUUUUAAAAAGACCACAAUGUUUGUAAUGUUUAAGACUUGCAUUCUUGUCAGUUCCAUUAUAAUCCUUUUUCAAUUGAGUGAGAAUUACAAAACAUACCUUCUGCCUUGUGGUACCCUGUGAGCAGAGACUACAUUUCCACGGUAUGAGCUGACGUAUGAGCGGUAUGAGCUCAUACCGUGAAAAUGUAGUCUCUGCUCGCAUGGUAGCCUUGUGGAAAAUUAUUGUACAUGUAAAUUAAUUAUAAAACCCCAGCAUUUUUGUUUUCUUUCUGUCCAGGUUGUCUUGCAUGGAGAGGAAAAUGCAAAGGCAGACUUGGCUAAAGUUGAGGAAAUCUUGAAGAGUGACAAAUCCAUCACCAAUGUUGCUAUGGUGCACUGCGAGACUUCUACAGGGGUCAUUCAUCCAGUGGGAGCAGUAGGCAAACUUGUCAAAGAACAUGCUCCAAGUGCAUCCUUCUUUGUCGAUGCUAUGAGCAGCUUUGGAGCAGUUCCUCUUAAUCUAGACUUAGCCAACAUUGACUUUAUGGUCAGCUCUGCAAAUAAGUGUAUAGAAGGUGUACCUGGCUUUUCAUUUGUGAUUGGGCACAUUGAGUCAUUGAAUCGGUGCAAAGGAUGGGCCCGCAGUCUUUCUCUUGACAUUGUAGAUCAGUAUGAGGGUUUGGAGAAGAAUGGUCAGUUUAGGUUCACUCCAGCUACUCAUGCCAUGCUUGCUUUUCGCCAUGCUCUAUCAGAGUUCAAAGCUGAAGGUGGUGUUGAUGGAAGGGCAAACAGGUGAGAGAGUUAUAACCUUUUGUAAGUUUUAUUUUAAGUUUAACAACUGUGAACUGCAUGCUGUGUCAUCUGCAACAGCUGUUAACAGAUCAUCCUAGUCACUACCGGUAUAUAAGGUUUUAAGGUAAAGUUUCCUAUUUUGCCAUUUAACUCAUAACAGUCCUGAUCAUCCUAACUGAAACCACAAAUUGCAAUUUGCACCAAUGAGACAAUAAGCACCCCUGUCUCUUUCCUGUGGGAUUCCCCCCUGCACUGCUAGGUGUCUAACCCAUGAGGAAUUGCCUAUGUGCUCCACAAAUUAGCAAAACAGUAGCACCCCUCUUCAAAGAUGGCUCUUGUUUGAAUAAGUGUCCCCCCCCCUUGACCCACAGGGGCAUAGCUCGGAGUGGUCCUGGGGUGCCCAUGACCGACCCCCUUUUUUGUGUGAUCAUUGUUUUAUGUUCCUAUAAUUCGGGUGGCCAAAACGCAUGAAUCUGAAGAAUGAACAUGCAGUAAAUCUUUUUUAUUGCGAGAUAGUUACUUAAUCCAUUUGCAGGACCUAACAUCUGCAGUGGACUAUGUUUUUGUUCAUAACUAAAAUAGAGUAAUUUAUGCUACAUGGAACUUAAUUAACCUACAUGUAUGCAGCUAUUUUGUAAGCUUGUCCCUUCCCCCCGUGCUCACUGCUCAUCCAAAAAAAGUGUCACUUUAAGUAAAACACGGCAUUGAUGUUGACAUGCUUAUCGUGUUAGUGCCCUGGGUGUGACAUGUGUGACUCCCCCUUUGAAAAAUCCAGCUAUGCCCCUGACCCUGGAUGCUAAAUUCACCAUUUACUGCAUUUCUCUGUUAUUGACUUUGAGAGCAAAUGGGUUAAUGUAUUUUACUUAAUUUUGAAACUUAAAUUUGUAGAUACAUGGAAAACUGCCAUGUCCUUCAAGAUGGAAUGAGAAAACUUGGCUUUAAGAAGUUUUUAGAUGAUACCCACGAAGGUUACAUCAUAACAUCCUACUACAACCCCACCCACCCUAAUUACAACUUUGAGGAGUUCUACAGUCGCUUAAACAGUAGGGACCAAGUUAUCUACCCUGGAAAAGUAAGCAAUGCAGACUGCUUUAGGAUUGGCAACAUUGGAAAAUUGUACCCUGAAGACAUGGAGCAUUUGCUUGAGUGUAUAAAAGAGGUCUUGGCUGAGAUGAACGUAUCUGUUCCAUUGCACGAUGAGUAGAUGGUUUCAUGAGUGACUGAAACCCUAUUUUGUGAAUAGCAAGAUCAAAUAUGUGAUGAAAAAUGAUAAAUAGUAUUAUUGAUAGAGAUCAACAUCAUGGGAAUAAAAUUAUUAAUUAAAAGUAAAGCUGGGGCAAAAAUGUGGGUGGAGAAGAAGUAGCCUGUUGCAACAGGUUAGUGGAAUCAGUAGUUUUAGCCUUACUGAGGUGGGUCUGAUUUCUUUUAGGGUUGUUCAAUAAUUAUAGCCCGCGCUGAAAGCUUUGUGAUGCAAACUUUUCCUUUCUUUCAAGGAACCAUCUUCCUUUUGAAUUCUGGGGCAAGUUGCGUAGAACAUACCACAAUGAGCAUGUGUAAGAUAUCAAAUUUUGAUGAUUGUUUGUGACUUAUGAAUAAUAUCCAAGGAUUACUGAGUGAUUCCUAAGAUUAUGCAUCCAGCUUGUAGCUUAAGUCAAAAUUCUCCAAUAGCCAUUCCUGACCGCACAGCCUGCAAGAAAAGUUAUGCGUGAUAACUGGAAGCUAGUAAAUUUUGCGAUUGCACUUGUGAAUUCUGUUCUUAACUUGCUGACGGACGACUGGGGUUUUUAGGAGGAUUCAAAUUACAGGGCCGGGUUGUUAAAAGCUUGGUUAAGAUAAAUAAAAGCUUGGUUAAGAUAACACACGGUUAGUGCGACAUUUGAAUUCAGAGA